UGUUUUCCUCGUUGCUCCGUCAGAGCCCUCUUCGGUUCGCAACUGUGUUGGCUAUCGCCAUUGUUCUUCUGACAGUGCUAAUGUGUUCACGUGUUUUUCUCCGUCUUCCCGUGGAUCUAUCGUAGCCAUUAUCGGUGGUACGGUGAUCAGUGAUCCGUUUUGUUAACGUUCAUUAGGAUGUAACGAGCAUUCACCGUGACGCUCUAUAAAAAUAAUGUAAUAUGAUAAUCGUAUCGGUUGGGAGAACCAUUAAUUUGUGCUUGUUCCUUUCAAACUAAAGGAACAUGUGCUAUCUAUACGGUGACUUUUAACGUGAUAUUUCUUAUGAAAGAAUUAUUACGUGUAGGAUGGCAAAAGACGAAGGGGACGACCUCUUGCCAGACAAGGACGCGGCGAAAGGAUUCUACGCAAAAUAUGAACCAAAAGAAAUCCUUGGAAGAGGAAUAUCUUCCACUGUUAGAAGAUGUAUAGAAAAAGAAACAGGUAUAGAGUAUGCAGCUAAAAUCAUAGAUAUUAGUAACGAAACAAAUGAUGAUGGACAUACUAUGAAAGAUGCUACAUUACAGGAAGUGCAUAUUCUUCGUAGAGUAGCUGGUCAUCCUUAUAUUAUUGAAUUGCAUGAUGUCUUUGAGUCUAGUACAUUCAUCUUCUUAAUUUUUGAAAUUUGUAAAAAUGGAGAGUUAUUUGAUUAUCUCACAUCUGUUGUUACUCUUUCUGAGAAAAAGACACGUUAUAUCAUGAGACAAGUGUUUGAGGGAGUUCAACAUAUCCAUAAUCAACAAAUAGUACAUAGAGAUUUGAAGCCAGAAAAUAUAUUACUAGAUGAUAAUCUAAACGUGAAAAUAACAGAUUUUGGUUUUGCUAGAGUACUGAAAGGGGAAGAUAAAUUAUAUGAUCUUUGUGGUACUCCUGGAUACUUGGCACCAGAGGUACUAAAAUGCAAUAUGUUUGAAAAUGCAGAAGGUUAUAGAUAUGAAGUUGACAUAUGGGCCUGUGGAGUUAUUAUGUUUACUUUAUUGGUUGGUUGCCCUCCAUUUUGGCAUAGAAAGCAAAUGGUCAUGCUUAGGAACAUUAUGGAAGGGAAAUAUUCAUUUACUUCUCCAGAAUGGGCAGAUAUAACAGAAGCCCCUAAAGAUCUGAUAAGAAAGUUACUAGUCAUUGAGCCCAAGAAGAGAAUUUCUAUUAAGGAUGCAUUAAAUCACUCAUUUUUCCACACAGUGCUGUGGGAUCAAGACAUCGCUCCUCUAAAACGUUCACUAUCGUCUAAUUCUCGACGUCUGAGUAGGAUAUCUCAGUUAGCUUUGGAAUUGAAGGCAAAAUCAUUUAAUGCAAGGAAAAGAUUCCAGUUAGCUAUCAUUUGUGUUCGUGCGGUUGUUCGUAUUAAACGGCUUCAUACAACACCCGAGCCUCUUUCAACACAAGUGGCGUGUACUGAUCCUUACAGGAUUAAAAUUUUACGAAAGGUCAUCGAUGGUUGUGCAUUCAGGGUUUAUGGUCAUUGGGUGAAGAAAGGAGAAGGACAAAAUCGAGCAGCACUAUUUGAAAACACACCAAAGACAGAACUGAAGCACCUUUAUGUUAGUAAUUUGAGCAGAUAACCCCAAUGCUUUAACAAAACAUUCUUUAGAUAAAAUUGUUAAUUCUUAUGUUAGUAAACGUUUACAGUAUCUUAAAAAAAAAAAAAAAAAAAAAAUAUUCAGCAAGAAAAAAAUGAAAAAAUAAAUAACUUAUAUAAAAGGGUGACAAAUAUAUAAUACUUUCUCUUGGUUCUAUUUAAAUCUGUAGUAUUGUAAGGUAAACUUCGAAAUAUGUUAAUUGUCUUUAAAUAUCGUAGAGACAAGGAAGACAUUAAUUGUAUUGUUGAGUUUUCAAAAUUUCUAUGUAAAAAUCGAUUUACAUAUUUAUUGGUUCUAAACAUUUUUUGGAUAGUUGUAGUUAUUUAAAAGUGCAGUGCUGCUCAAUAAAUAUAAAUUAUACACUUCUCAAACAAAAUACUAAGAAAUGUGAAAAAUUAUGUUAGUGUUAUGCUACACACUCUUAGAGUGUGUUUUGUGUUUAGAUGAAGUAUUAUAUUCAAAGCAGUUGGUGAAACUAUUUUUUGAAUGCUCUAUUCAAAAUUAAUAAUAAUUUUUUGUUACAGUAUUUACUGCUUUUUUCAUAGCACAAUAUAAUAUAAAACAACUUAUUUUUAAAGGAAAAAAUAAGUUUGAGAACAAAUUUUCCCGUGUGCUAAAAAAGAAAAUAAGACUUUAAAUUAAUUAUAUAUGUUCAAUGUAGAUAAAGGUGCUUAUUCGUACAAACAUGAAAAGUUUUGUUCGCGAUUAUAUUUUUUAUGUUUGUACCUUUCUAUAAAAUAUAUUCAGUAGUCAUGUAAAUAAAAGUUACAUAAUUUACUACAAAUCAGCAACGCAUAUGAAAUUCAAUUUUUAUGAAUACUUUUACUGUAGAAUAUAGUAAUUUAUAACCAUAUUUUAAUACAAAACAAGUUUAAAAUUGUACAAAAUUUAUGAAAAUAUAUCUACAGUAAAAGAUUUAGAAAGGUUUAUGGAAAAAUUUAAAAUGAAAAUUAUGCGUAAUUCCAAAUUGAUUCAAAUUAUACUGAAGAAAUGUAUUCCAUAGUAAUAUUAUUUACUAAGAUCUGUGUGUAGAUUAUAGUAUAUAAUAUUUUGUGCAAAUUCUAGUCAUAUUUUAUACUGCUGAAUUUGUUUUAGAUUUUAAAUGGUAAAGAACUUGUGUGAAGUUUAGCUAAUUUUUCUUGAAAUACAAAAGUAAAUUGCAUGAAGUUAAAAUUAAUACUAUCAUUUAAAAGGUUACAAAGAAUAAGUAAAAAUGAAUCUGAAAAAUCAUAUUGAUAGAUGUACCUAUAGCAAUACAUAUUUUGUGUAAGAUGUAUGUUUUGAAGUAAAAUAUUUUUGCAAUGUGUAAUAAAUUAUAUUUUUAUUAAAUUUGA